UUGUCUGUAUCUAAACCAUGUUGAUGAAGAAUGUGAAUAUUUGAUUUCAAUUUAUUUGAUACAUUCAUGUGAUUUAAAUUGAACUUCAUCACUUACUCUAAAUAGAGUAGAAGUGAGUUAUCAUAAAAACUAUUAGUGUUUCUCAUUAUUGUGUUUCAAUCAAACAUAUAUAACUCUUGUUUGUUAAUAGAUAUGAUAUGAUACUAAAACUUUAAGUUUCUUAAAAGAGAAAAAAAAAAAAUACAUUUUUAAAGGAAUGUCAUACUUAUCUUUGAAUGUUGUUUUUACAAUGAUUGGUUUUGGCAUCUAAAAAGGCCUAGCGGCGCAACCUGUUGCCCGAAUGUGUAAUGUAUAUAACAUACCUAAGCAUCUUAUCUUAUAGUCAACUAAUUAAUAACAUUGUCAAGGAAUGGCCAAGAUUCUUUCACCUUUCCCUCUAUGUCCAAGAUUCAUAGUUAAGAUUCGUAAAAGCCGUGAUCCAAGGUUAUUUGUUGGGACUCUCAUAGUUGUAAUUUCUAGAAGAGAUGAUCAAACUUUAAUUCUGAGGAAGGAGGAUUGUAUAAGAAGGGUUAAGCCGCGGCGAAGAGAAACCCUAGAUCGCUAUGGAAAACCCUAGUUUGCUCGGUGAGGGAGAGGGAUAUGUCAGCGAUGUUGAUGAAGCUAUUGAAAAUAUCUCUGUUCCAAAAAAGGUUGAAAAAAAACAUCUCCGUUCCCCGAUUUGCUUGAUGAUUGGGCAUGAGUUGAGUGGCAAAACUGCACUGCUGGAUUGUAUUCGAGGUACCAAAAGUGAUAAUAAUGAUUUUCAACAUUAUAGGGCUACAUAUGUUCCUGCUAAGAAUAUACGUGAAAGAACUAGGAAAUUGAAAUCUUAUGAAAAAAUCAAAGUUCCUGGUUUACUGUUUAUUGAUACUCCGGGUUUCAUAUCAAUCCCCAGCUUAAAGUAUCGAGGUUUAGCUCUAUGUGAUAUUGCAAUCUUGGUUGUUGACAUUAAUAUUGGGUUACGGCCACAGACAAUUGAAACACUAAAUCUUUUAAAUAUGUGCAAGACAAAGUUCAUUGUUGUCUUGAAUCAGGUUGACAGGAUUUAUGGAUGGAAAACAUGUCGCAAUGCUUCAUUCCCCAAUGCAUAUAUGAAGCAGUCUCGUGAUGCUGAAAUAGGAUUUUGUUCUAUGCUCAAUAGGACUAUUUGGCAGUUCAGACAACAUGGUAUAGUUACAAAGAUAUGUUAUCAAAACAAGGAAAUGAGAGAAACGGUCAGCAUUGUGCCAACAAGUGCUAUAAGUGGUGAAGGAAUCUCAGAUAUGUUAUUACAAUUGGUUAUGUGGACCCAAAAAACAAUGGUUGAAAAACUUACAUACAGGGAAGAAUUGCAGUGUAUUAUUUUGGAUGUCAAUGAUUUUGAAGACUGUGGAACCACUCUUAAUGUUGUUUUAGUUAAUGGUGUUCUACAUGAAGGAGAUCAAAUAGCUGUAUGUGGAAGGCAGGGUACAACAAUUGUUACUUCAAUUCAAGCUUUACUGAAAACUCCUCCAUUGAUGGAACUAGGUGCUAAGGGAGACUAUAUCCACUGCAAAAAAGUCAAAGGUGCGAAGGCCAUCAAGAUCAUUGCUCAGGGACUUCAAGAUGCUGUUGUUGGCUCUAAUGUAUAUAUGGCGAAGCCUGAUGAAGAUUUCAAAGAAGGAGAAUUGGUGAAGGGCGAGACAAUGAGAAUUAUUGGACUCCAAAACUAUAUUAUAUUUUUGGGUCUGAUAGCUGUUGUGAUGUUGUUGUUGCCUUGGUUAUAUCUAAUGUGCUAAUGCUUGUUGAUUUAAACGCGAAAGGUUGUCUUUAGCUUUUUAGUAUACUUACUUGCAGAACAAAUUAAGUAUGGUUUGGGAUGUUGAUUUUGGAGAGUCCAUGUUUUGUGAUUAUCAUUAAGAGUUUUGUAAUCAAAGUCUGUUGUGAUAGUGUUGGGGUUGCCAUGUGAUUGUGUUCUCUUUUCAUAUGUGACAGUUCAAUUCAAGUUUUUUUUUUU